AUGUCGAAGCGAACGUGCCAGUCCUUUCAGCUCGAGAAGAAGGUGGAGAUACUGUCGGAGAUAAAUGCUGGCAAGCUAUCGAAGACUGCCAUCGCAAAGAAGUUUGGAAUCGCCAAAAGCACGUUGUCGGGAAUCCUGAAGGACACCUCUCGUAUACUGGAGACGUUCAACAGUGGUGAAUUUGGACCCAAACUUAAGAGGAUGCGGACAGCUGCCCAUAAGGAUGUGGAGGACGUCCUUGUCGCAUGGAUCCAGCGAGCACGAAGUGCCAACUUGCCAGUGAACGGUGUUGUGGUGCGCGCUAAGGCAGAGGAAAUAGCCUCAUGUUUGAACAUUGACUUUUCGUGCAGCGAUGGAUGGCUCAACAGAUUUCGAAGACGUCAUGGUCUGAUUUUUCGCGCCAUCGUCGGGGAAGCUGCGGCAGUUGACGAGUCAGUGUGCGAGGACUGGCGAUCGACGAGGAUGAAGAAGCUGCUCGAGGAAUACGAGCCAGCAAAUGUGUACAACGUCGACGAGAUCGCGCUCUAUUACCAGCUUCUCCUGGAAAAGACGCUCACAUUUGCUGGGGACACGUGUACGGGAAGUAAGCACAGCAAGCUGCGUGUCACUGUGCUUGUCGGUGCCAACAUGACCGGGACGGACAAGCUGAAGCUCUUAGUGAUCGGGAAGGCGAAGUCCCCACGCUGUUUUAAGAACAAGAAGACUCUACCGGUAGCUUACGCAUCUAACUCGAAGUCGUGGAUGACCCAGGCACUUUUUGAACAAUGGCUUCGUGAGAUGGACCGACGGUUCGUGAGGGAGAACAGAAAAGUUAUGAUCCUAGUCGAUAACUGCCCAGGUCAUGGGAACGUCAGCGGGCUUUUCUCCAUUCGGCUGGAAUUUCUACCCCCAAACACAACUGCGAAGCUGCAACCAAUGGACAAAGGGGUAAUACGUAGCCUCAAGAGGCAUUACAGGCGGUCUCUGCUUCAGCGAAUGUUGCUGUGUAUGGAAACCGGCAAGGAGUACCAAGUGAACCUGCUGACUUCAGAAACCCCUGCAGAGAACAGUGUUGAGGAGCUGCCAGAAGAUGACGAUCCCAACCUGUUGUCUGAUCUCAAGAGCGCUGGCAUCUUCAUGGACAUGGUGGCAUACGUUAAUGUUGAUGAUGAUGUUGCCACUUGUCGAGAUGACACAAUGGAAGCCCUGAUUGAAGAGACAUGUACUGAGAAGCCAUCAGAGACUGAAGCUGGAGCCAUUGAGGAACAAGGCUGGAAUGUAGAACCUACACUGGUGACCUGUGAUGCUGCAGACGCUGCAUUAAAUGUGCUGUUGCAGUUCUUUGAGGAGCGCGAGCGUACUGACGUGUUUGAAGCUCUCGUCAAAAAGGCCAGCCGCAAAAUUGAAACCGCCUUCAGUGUCCCAGUUCCCGGGACAUCCAUGAGUGAAGGGUAUCAGUCGUGCGGCAAAUGGAUUGCUAAUAUGAGAACCGCGUACAACCCGGAAAGCAAGAUCUUGGAAGCACUUCCGGAGGCUACCCAUUAUAUGGUGCGGAAGUCGAGAAAGAUUUCCAAAGAAAAGCACAUGUGGGCUGCCCCUGAUCCCUAUCAGGGUCAUCUGCUGAGCGAAGAACAUGUAAACGCUGCUCUUCACUUCUUCACCAGCGACGAUCUUGACUGCUCAGUGCAAAGCCCUCGGCCCAGAGAUGUGAUUCAAAUCAAGGAAGGAGGGGUAAAACCUGAGGCCGAAAUGGGUCAGUAUCAGCCCAUGUAG